AUGGGAAAGCAAAGUCAGUUUUCUGCGGGAUGUUUUACUUCCAGAAGCACCAGUAAUGCAGAACUGUGCAUGCGCGAGGUGGCCCAUUUUAUGGUUAUUAGUGACACUGCAGGUAAAUCCCAGAUGUUCCAAAAUGGACUAUGUACAAUUCCAAAAGAUGGUGAACUGAGUUUGAGUAGAUCAAUGAUCAAUAGCUCUGAUAAGAUAAUUCAAAAGGGUGGCUCCUCAAUCUUCCAGCAUGCUGUAGAAGGUUGGAAAAUCAAUUCUUCUUUGGUACUGGAAAUAAGAAAGAACAUUCUUCGAUUCUUGGAUGCUGAAAGAGAUGUCUCAGUGGUCAAAAGCAGCUUCAAGCCAGGAGAUGUAAUCCAUUAUGUACUGGACAGACGUCGUACCCUGAACAUUUCUCAGGAUUUGCACAGCCUUCUCCCUGAAGUUUCCCCAAUGAAGAAUCGCCGAUUUAAAACGUGUGCUGUUGUUGGGAAUUCUGGCAUCCUUCUGGACAGUGGAUGUGGAAAAGAGAUUGAUAGCCAUGACUUUGUAAUAAGGUGCAAUCUAGCUCCUGUGGUGGAGUUUGCUGCCGAUGUGGGAACUAAAUCUGAUUUUAUUACCAUGAACCCAUCAGUUGUACAAAGAGCAUUUGGAGGCUUUCGGAAUGAGAGUGACAGAGAAAAAUUUGUGCAUAGACUAUCCAUGCUGAAUGACAGUGUCCUUUGGAUCCCUGCUUUCAUGGUCAAAGGCGGAGAGAAGCAUGUGGAGUGGGUUAAUGCAUUAAUCCUUAAGAAUAAAUUGAAAGUGCGAACUGCCUAUCCAUCACUGAGACUUAUUCAUGCUGUCAGAGGCUAUUGGCUGACAAACAAGGUCCACAUUAAACGACCCAGCACUGGUCUCCUCAUGUAUACGCUUGCCACCAGAUUUUGUGAUGAAAUUCACCUGUAUGGAUUUUGGCCAUUCCCAAAGGAUUUACAUGGAAAACCAGUCAAGUAUCAUUAUUAUGAUGAUCUGAAGUAUCGGUACUUUUCUAAUGCCAGUCCUCAUAGGAUGCCAUUAGAGUUUAAAACGUUGUAUGUGUUACAUAACAGAGGAGCACUUAAAUUAACAACAGGGAAAUGCAUACAGCAAUAAAGCACAUGUAAAGUACAGUAAGAAGUACAGAAUACACACUUCAUCAUACAGAUGUUGUGGAAUGGCAAUGGGAUCCCAGUGAGGAUAUGUUUCAAUACCCACUAAGCCCUCGGAAAAAGAAAUUUUAUCAGAAGUACAUAACCAGCUAUUAUACCUGUAAAGUGCUAUAUAACUAAGCUAUCUUGACUGCAAGGGUUCAAGUAAGUGCCACUUUCACUAAGAACAAAGCUUGAAUGUAUACUCAGUAGUGUUCACAGGAUCCAGUGACACAUUCAUCAUGAAUUAAAGAAGAAAAAUAUAGCCUGCUUACUGCUGACUUCCCACUGUGGUCAGACAGCCCACAGAAGAAAUCCCUAGUGGAUGGAAUAUUUUCUUGAGCAAAUAAACCAGGCUUUGGCAGAAAACAUCAUGAUGGAAUCGAGUAGAGAAAGUGAAGUCCAUAAGAUCAAACAAAUCAGUAAAUGCCUUCAGUCAGAGGACUGUUUCUGAUCUUGUAUUAUAACCUCAGCUUUUGUUGCUCUUUUUCUUAUUGCUGUUGGUUGGGUUUUGUUGCUUUUGAGUAUUGGAGUCCUUAAAGGAUUUUGAGGUUGUUAUGAAUAAUUAAAAGUGUAUAUCUUACAGCAUUGUCUUAGGAAAAAUUUUCAUAAGGGUGGGAGGGUGGAGGGAAACAUCAAAUAUUUC